AUGACAGAUCGAUAUCUAGUCGAACAAGUAUGUGGCUACUUUGGCCUUGUGUUUUGGUCGCUUCAAUUGGCUCCUCAAGCAUACAAAACAUACCGUCGAGGCACUUCCACCGGUGUGUCAGUAUGGACCAUGUUGAUUUGGACAUUUGCAGGUGUCUUUAUGGGCGUCUACAACAUUGGCCUUGGAGUGGCUAUAGGCCUGUGGAUCCAACCUCAAAUAUUCACAUUCAUCUCAUGUAUUUGUGUCUCCCAAGAGUUUCGCUAUCAGCAUGGAUGGUCCAAACUAAAGACCUUUUGCGGGUUUGCUUCAAGCUGUGUCUUUGUAGGUGGUUUAGAAGCUGGACUGAUUUUUGCGUUCAAGAAAGCACAGGAAGUGAACAACGAACAUGGCGUUCGGUUCUUUGGCAUCAUGCCUGUCAUUUUUGUCAUUGGAGGCUUCCUACCACAAUACUAUGAAAUCUUUCGUGAGAGAAGAGUGAUUGGCAUUUCUCAUUUGUUUCUUGCGAUGGAUUUCUCAGGAUCGGUUUUCUCCAUUGUUAGUUUAGUUUUCGGGGAAGACGUAGACUCGUUGGAUCUAGCGAAUUACAUUGCUAUUGCUUGCUUAGAUACCGGCAUUUUGGCCCUUUACUAUAUUUUCGAGUGGUAUCAGGCAAAGAUGGUGUCCAAGAAAGAGCCAUCAGAAGAAUCACACAUCGAUCAAGCUACCGUAACCUCGAUUGAGGUAACAGAAAGUGUGGUAGAAAACGACCAUAAGAAGGAAAUUUCUCAGGGAGAUUAG